GUCACACUACAUAAAUUCGCAAAAUUGAUUGGUAGAUUGCUCUAAACCACAGAUGAGCAGCCUAUCACUACAUAUUAAUUUAAAACUUAAAUCAGAGAAAGCAAACUUUCAUCUUCCAUGUCCCAUUUAUCGUGGAAUUUAAAUCGAAAGUAUUUCAAAGUCCCUAAACCCAAACUAUCCGAUCCAACCUUGCCACCGUUGCCACCGUCGAAAAUCAAAAGUUCAGACCCUAAAUUACAGCAGGAUUUGGAACGUUAUUAUAAGAUACGAGCUGCUGCCUGUCGAAUUUUGUCGAUCGCUCAGAAUCCACUACAACGUCUUGAUGCAGCUAAAACACUACUUGUCAGUCAUGCACAGCUACUUAGUUGUAUGCGAUUAAUCCAACGUGAAAAGGUUGAAGAUGCCAAGCACACGAACGGAACACUUUCCGACACACGACUUAGAGAAGCUUCAAUCCUUAAUGGGACUGUUUUACGAAAAUCGUGUUUCGCAAAGCCAGGCUACGCUCAAUUGUGCUUAUCAGAUAUUCGUAUACCAUUGAUCUGGCGUAAUAUAGCCCCAGGGACUAACAUGCAUUUGACUAUGCAACAGUUAUUUCCAACGUCUAGCAUUGUUAGCGGUUUACUACCAGCUGUCGUUAAUGCUUCUGGAGAUAAUGCGGACUAUUCAGAUAGUGGUGAACAAUGUGAUGGUUACAGUUUGUUUUGUACAAUCCAAGUUGGUCAUAUAAUUCGAGAUACUCGGCUAAUCUUCGAUAUCAAGCCUGGUACCGCAGAUAUUGAAUUUAAUGAUAAAUGGACGUUUGAUGAUGUGACAUCGGAAUUCGAAUGUGUAAUUGAAAUCUAUGCUUUUCCAAAGGGAGGUUCUAAAAGCAAUUCUUUAUUUUCUAAACGUCGAAUUUUACCUAUCUAUGAGGGAGUAAGAAGAUCAUCAGACCAACAUGUGAAUUCCGACUCAUCCAUCAAUCAAAAUUCAUCUCAAUAUUUUGAUUUAAUUGGACGUUGUGUUGCCACUUUAAAAGAUGUACAAAAUAAAAUUUCUUCACAUACACUAGAAAUGGGUAAUCAACUUGUUUAUUCACGUGAAUGUAAAAAUUCAUCAUCACCUGUUUCUAAUUCUACAACAAUACAUAGAAAUUCUGUAUUUACUGACCAAUCGAAUGAAACAUCAGAAAUAUGUGAUUUACCAUUAUUUGGUAAUAUUUGUUAUCGACUUAUUGCACAACCUCAUUCAACUAAAUUACCAUUAAAGUCUGGAUAUCUGUGGAUUCGUAAAUUAACUCCUUCGCCUAUUCAGACGCCUUUGAUGCUUUAUCGUUGUGAACUUCGAGAUCGUUACCUUUGGGCUACGUUAAUUAAUACAAGUCAUUAUGAAGGUAGUUCACAUGGAUUUUCUUCAUCCGGUCGUAAUAAUCAAGUGUCAAAAUGCGAUAACCAUGAAACUGGUUCUUGUUUUAAUCCAACUGGUGCGAAUUCUGAAGAUUUUAUCCAAAAUCAUAAAAGAUUCAUUGUUCCUAAAGAACAUUCUCAUGAAAAUAAUUUUUUGAAAAAUCCAACAACAUCUUUCUUUCGAACGAUUGAUUUAUCAAGAAACAAUUCGUCUGCACAAAAUGAAUUUGACCAUACUUCAAUUAAUAGUUCAUUGGGUUCUGGAAUCAAUCGUAAUUUAUUGUCAUCAUAUAAUUGUUAUGCUGAUCUAAUUAUACCUAUUCAUACAGAAACGGACUUUCUUGAUUCACAGCUCGUCCUAAGACAAACUGAGCUAAGUGUAUCUCAAAGAACCAAUGAAUCGCCAAACAUCUCUGGGAAUGACUUCAAUAAAUCAAAUGAAUGUAGUAUUCCUUCACCUAAGGAUGAUGGACCGAAUUCCGAUGUCAAGUGCCAUCAUCCAGAUGUAAAUGAUGUCUCUUUAGAUAAGAAACGAGCAUUUUCAGCAAUAGAUGUAUCAUGUUUAUCUAACAGUUCAAGUUCUAAUGAUCAUUCGUACGCCACACAAUCUUUCUUUUCUACAAAUAAACCUGGAUUAUUGAAUUGUCAGUCUGUUGAUAACAUUUUGGAUCUUUCGAAAACUGAACAUGUACAUUUCCGUGACGAAACAAAUAUCCUAGAAUCACAGUUAAACAACCUACGGAGUCAGUCAGAAGCAGCAUCCAUUACAAAGUCUGAUGGUUUAUCUCCAAAUGUGGAAAAGUUUAUGUCUGCUUCUAAAAGCUCAUUGUCUCCAAUAAGAAAAGAUUUUAAAAAACCCUUACCUAGCCCCGUGGACUCUAGGAAGAGAUAUAAUAGAGUUUCUCGUUCUGUAGAACCUGUGCGCAGGAUUUUUCCUAAAGUAACAACUGCUCACAAAAUAGAUACAAGCAGCUUAUUUGAUUUAACUAAAUUUGGAGAACUGCAAUAUUUAACACCGCAUUCGUCUAAAGUUUCUUCAUUUAUUUCAGUUAACGAUUCUAACAAAGAUAACAAAAUUGAAUGUCAUCAACCAUGUGUGUUUUCAUCUCAGCUACUUACAUUUCGUAUUGCUACUUGUCAUUUGGAUAGAAAUGUCUCCUCAACUAGACACCAUUUAUCAGAACUACGACAAAACGGUUCCUCUGUUGAAGUAUUCGAAUUCACAGCAACACAAAUGAUGGAGAAUGAUCUAGAUCAGUUAAAUGAAUCAAGCACAAUAUUUAAAAGUGAUGAAGAAGAAACCAUUGCUUGGUUUUCCAUUAUGAAAAAGCAUGUACAGGAACAAGAAAUUUGGGGCUCCGAAGCUUUCUCUGAGACUAUUAAUAUCCCUAAAAGUAAAUCAAAUUCUAUUCGAAAUACAAGUGCUCGUCGAUCAGUAGCAAUUCCAUCUGAUAUUUCUAUUCUAACAUAACAUACCAUUACUUUUGUAAUUAAUUAUUCUACUUUCAUUUAUAUAAUUAUGAGAAAAUAUAAAUUUACAAGUUCAAUGUUUUAUAAUGUUUCUUUUGUCUACUAGAUUCUUUUAUUCAUCUAUUUAUUUAUUUGUUUUUAAUAGUAAAUAGUUAUUUAUUAUAGUCCUUAUGUUGUGUAAAUAAGUAGAAUCUAUGAUUCAGUAAACUAUUUAUUGUAUUCUAUGUUAAUAUUUUUGUUUUGUUAUACCUUAUACUCACAAUUAUCCAUGUUUUCUAUUUGUUUCCAUUUUGUUUUGUAAAUUAACCUUUGGUUCUACUUUCCUAUUUUAAUUAUUUUUUUAAAGAAAAAAAUACUAAGUAAUUAUAGAUUAAAAACUAGCCAAAUAAUUGACUAUUCCUAAUUGUUUCGAUUUCUAUAUCAUUUAGUUGAAGUGUAAUUUAUGAAUGGUUAUAUAUGUUCGUGAUUGUGAAAUACAUUAAAAGUGAAAGUACCUACAUUAAUGUGAUCUUUAUUAAAUCAUGUAGUUUCUAGUCUAUGGUCAUUUAUUUCUCUUUUUACAUAGAAGGUAUAUGCGACUAAAAAAUAGUGAUUACAUGAGGUGGCGUUAAA